AUUUCCCCCCCCCCCUCGAAAGCAACGUCGACGCCACGCACAAUGGCGUUCGCAGUGCUAUCGAUUAUUCGGUAAUUUAUUCAUGAGGCCGUGUGGACGACGACGACGUCGCACUGGCCACGGCCGGUCGGUCGAUUCGCUCGAUUUCGUUCCCCGGCCACAUGCCCAGACACCUUCGUUCAUAUAUCGCGUUAUAGUCGGCGCAGAACCGUCGUGGCCGUCAGAACUUUUUGCAUGAUUCACAUUCGGACGAAGUUAGAGCUUCCUAGCGCGUCAUCACGUCACGAUCUUCCUCAAUGUCCGACAUCGAGGAGGACCUGAUCGCGAAGAGGCUAAAAAUCGUCCUCGUCGGCGACUCCGGAUCCGGCAAAACGAGCAUCGCGCAGAAGUUCUGCAACAACGAGUUCGCCAGACAGUACACGCCUACGUCCGGUAUCGACUUCUUCCUGAAGAACAUCACCAUCGGUUAUUACAAGAACGUGAAUCUCCACAUAUGGGACGUGGGUGGCGUGGCCCUUCACGGAAACAUGCUGGACAAAUACGUCUUCGGCGCUCAUAUCAUCCUGUUCGUCUACGACGUUACGAACAGUUUCACCUUCGACGUUCUCGAGCAGUGGAUAGAUAAAAUCAGACAAGUGAACAAUAGCUACGAGGAGACGCCUCUGAUGGCGGUGGUCGGUAACAAAUGCGACAUGGAGCAUCAGAGGACCGUUAAAAGGGAUCGAAGCCACAAAUUCGCCGCGGAAAAUGGUUUCCCCUCCCACGAUAUGUCCGCGAGAACCGGCGAGGCGGUGUCUUUGUGCAUAGUGACAUUGGCAGCGCAAAUUCUGGGCGUUCGAUUGACGAAAACCGACCAAGACUAUCACAAGCCUAUAAUUACCGCGGAAAUCGGGGACACGGUCGACAUGACCGCUAUCCACAAAGUUGUGAAAAGGGUCCCGACCAAAAAGCAAACUCAAAUCCCUUUCUAUCCUCAUCUUCACUCGUCUAAAUCAACGGUGUGCGCGUUGCAGUAAGAGAAAACGAUUCUUCAAUCUCCACGCACACAAACGAUAA